AAAUUAGCUUCACAUUACAGCUCAGGCUUCAUCCGUACUAAAAUGGUGGAUAUUACUCGUCUUCCUGCCGCUAACUCUAGCAGGCUUGUAAUCACUUAAAUCGGAGAUUCCCGUGUUCACAGUUGAUUUGAAUGCAACAAACGUCCAGACUUCAAUCAAUGACGCACAGACAAAACGCCCUUUGGAACUGCUGGAGUCUUGAGUAAACAUGCAGACAAUUGAAGUUCUGAAACAGUCCCUCUCCAGCCUGGAUCCUACCCAGCAGCAGCAGCUCUUGGUGGCCGGGUCUGCGGUGGCCGUGGGCGGGCUGCUGACCUGUUAUUACCGGGUGUAUCAAGGGAGGAAGACCAGGAGCAUUCCUACAGGGGACGGGUGGUGGGGGGCAGGAGAGAAGCCUCAGUCAGAGGAUGAGAAGGUUUUCUCCUUUGAGGUCCAAACUUCCGAUGAAGAGAUACAAGACCUGUAUGACCGUAUUGACAGGACGCGGUACACUGAGCCGCUGGAGGACGCAGGCUUCCAGUACGGCUUCAACUCUACCUACCUGAAGGAGGUGGUCUCCCACUGGAGGCACACGUUUAACUGGAAGAAGCAGAUUGCAAUACUCAACAAGUACCCUCACUUCAAAACCAAUAUAGAAGGAUUGGAUGUACACUUCAUCCAUGUGCGUCCACCUCACCGUGAGGGCCAGAGGGUGUUGCCUCUAAUGCUGGUGCACGGCUGGCCCGGCUCGGUCUAUGAGUUCUACAGGAUCCUGCCCCUACUCACUGACUCGCUGGACAGUCUGGCUUUCGAGGUCAUCUGCCCUUCCAUCCCUGGAUAUGGAUUCUCCGAGGCUCCUCAUAAGCAAGGGUUUAACUCUCUGGCUGCAGCGAGGGUCUUCCACAAGCUGAUGGAGCGUCUGGGUUUCUCCGAGUAUUAUCUGCAGGGAGGAGACUGGGGCUCACUCAUCACUACUAACAUGGCCCAGAUGAAGCCACAGUGUGUGAAGGGUCUCCACCUCAACAUGUUUACUAGUGAACAGAUGGGGUUGGGUGGCCUGUUUUCUAUCCUGAUUGGCCGCUACCUGCCCUGGCUGGUUGGGUUCACCCGGGAGGAUGUCAGGAGGUUGUUUGGUUCAGGAGGUUUCAUGGAGAGGAACGUCUAUGAGAUCCUCCGAGAGACCGGUUACCUGCACAUCCAGGCCACCAAGCCAGACUCCGCUGGUUGUGGAGUGAAUGACUCUCCAGUAGGCCUGGCUGCUUACAUGCUGGAGAAGUUCUCCACCUGGACUGACUUCAACAACAGGGACUUGGAAGAUGGGGGGCUGGAGAGGAAAUUCACCCUGGAUGACCUGCUGACCAACAUCAUGAUCUACUGGACCACCGGCACCAUCGUGUCCUCCAUGAGGUUCUACAAAGAGAACAUUGAGAACAGACCAGAUAACAAGACGGCGGUGUAUGUGCCUACAGGCCUGGCCGCGUUCCCCAACGAGCUCAUGCACGUGCCCCAGCCGUGGGCCAAGGCCAGGUUCAGGAACAUCUAUUCCUACUCUUACAUGCCCAGAGGAGGACACUUUGCUGCCUUCGAGGAGCCACAGCUGCUGGCUGACGACCUGCUGCAGUUUGUUAAGAAGGUGGAGAAGUUGUAGAGUGGAUGGAUACAACAGAGGUUGAGUGCACUCUCCACUGCUGACAAGUGCCUGGAAGAAAAACCCAACAGGACUGCAGAACGUGAUAACACUACAGCUUGGAAUUGUAGCUUUGCACUACAAACAUUUAAACAUUUAGCUUUGAUUUAAUGCACUGUCUGAUUAUCAGGUUAAUACUUUGUCAAACAAUGAUGUUAAAACUGCAAUAUGAUCAUGCUCAGUGAUUGUGUUUGUGCAAUAUUAGGCCUGUGCAGUCUAAACAUAAAUUGACCAAUACUGUAAUAAGAAAAUGAAAUGAUCAGCACUUCAAAUUCAGAUUACAAAUGUCUUCCAGAUUGCACAAGAACUGUGCGGAAGCAGCCUCAAUCA